CGAUCCAGGGGCCCUGCCGGUGCCCUGCCGGUGCCCUGCCGGUCACAGUCGUUUCCAUUAACCCUCUGGCGUUUACCCCACGAUCGAGAUUUUCCUCCCAGGCAAACGAGGCUUGUAGGCCUGUACUGUUCAGGGAAGAUUGAAAAGAUGGGAAAUGCAGAAAGUAAUGCCUAUCGGAAUCACCUUUCCAGAUUUCUCCCUGAGGAGCAGUCUGACAUUGAUGGAGUAUUUGAUACUUUAUCAGGGCUGAGUGGCUCAGCUGGAGCGAAAAAUGGCAAAGCUACAAAGAAAACUGUGACUCUGGCAGCACUACAGGCGUAUAUGCGGGAGCCGUUACCAGAGCAGAUGACUGUUCGGUUAUACAACGGAAUGAAAAGUAUUGACCUGACUGGGAAGUCAUCUGGGCUGAGUGAACAGAUUGCUAAGGAGCAGUUUGUAAUUUUUAUGUCAAACCUUUUAAAAGGGAAUGCAGAUGAGAAGAUUACCAUAAUAAUGAGAAUGAUCUCCAAGGCAGAAGGGCCUGUGAAGGGCAAACAAAUCCAAGAGUUCACAGAGGAUCUGAUCAUGUCUGUAGUCCAUGUGCUGAGCUACAGGAAGGAACUGAAAGGUUGGAGUUUGGAGAACACUAGGGAUUCUGCAAGUGGAGUAAAGGCUCUGGCUUCUCAGCUGCUAUCAGAAUUGAAGCUUGCAGAUGGGACAAAGCCUGUGGGUCCUCAGAUGAUGGAGACAAAUUUUGAUCAAAGUGUCAUUGAGGAUUGGGUGUACCGAGUUCCACAGAUCUCAAUUUUCCUCAGUGUUGUUAUCAGGCAAGGCCUCCAUGUCCUGCAUUCUCUCCCAGACCAAACCAAAGACAUACUCAACCUGGUUCCAGGCUGCAAAGGCAUCAAGAGAAGAGGACUUGUCAGUCUCUUUGAUAUCCCAUCCAUCAUAUACAUCAACUCCCAUCUGCCUGCAGAACUACAGCACAAGUGGCAGCUUUUAUUUUCUUCCAGGCUUCACGGAGAAAGCUUUUCACAGUUGUGUGGGCAUAUAGUGAACAAGGGUCCUUGCAUAGUGAUCUUACAGGACUUAGAUGGUUAUAUCUUUGGUGGGUUUGCGUCUCACUCCUGGGAGGUGAAGCCACAGUUUCAAGGUGACAACAGAUGCUUUCUGUUUUCUGUUUUCCCCUCUCUUGCUGUAUACACAUACACGGGGUAUAAUGACCACUACAUGUAUUUGAACCAUGGCCAACAAACAAUGCCAAAUGGACUUGGUAUGGGUGGACAACAUGGGUACUUCGGCCUCUGGCUGGACAGUGACUAUGGGAAGGGACACAGCAAAGCAAAACCUCGAUGUACCACCUACAGCAGUCCCCAGCUGUCAGCAAAAGAGGAUUUUGCACUGGAUGCCAUGGAAGUUUGGGCAGUGGGAGACCUCCCUGCAGCGGCAAAAGGGAAGAAGAGUAUCCUGGAUGUAGAUCCUGAGGCUCAGGCCUUAUUAGAAAUGGCUGGAAAAACUCGUCAGAGCGCAGGUCUACGAGAACCCAUUGAAGAGGAUGAAGAUGAUGAUGAUGAUAUUUAAAGAAUCACAGUAAAAUGAAAAACUUUUUUUUUUUUUUCUCCUGAGUGUUAAUGUUCCUUGGACAGGAUAUUUUUUCCUCUUUUUUUUUUUUUUUUCCUUACAUUUACCUAAUUAUCUUGGAUGAAGCUUAAGCCUUGUACUUUAGGUCCAAUACAAUAUCCUGCCUGAAAGGUUUUGUUUGGGAAGG